AGCUCCGGCGUUUCAUUCAGAUAAAUUGCUUCUUCUUGUAAGCGGAAUCCCCUGAUUUAAGCGUGGGGAGGGAAAUGCAAAGGCUAGGAGAGGCGCUCAGGGAACGGGCUAAUAGCCCCUCCGGCUCUGUUUAAAAAUAAAAGGUGUUUCGGCCUCCAGACCAGACUCAUUACCUAAUUGCUGGCUGUGACGGCUUUUGAGGCUAGUUCUAAGGAGCCUCCCCAAGGGAAAGAAACUAUAGGGGGAGGCAACGCAAACAUGAAGGUAACCGCUCUCGACUCCCGUCAGCUUAAGCAGCUGCUACGGAAGGAACCCGCCCGCUGCCUGGUCCUGGAUUGCAGACCAUAUCUCUCCUAUUCGGCUUCUUGCCUCCGAGGAUCGCUCAACGUGAAUCUCAACUCGGUGGUGAUCCGCCGCGCCCACGGGCGGCCCGUGCCCUUGCACUUCGUGGUGCCCGACGAAACGGCCCGAGGGCGGCUUCUUUUGCCGCCGGCUUGUCCGGAGGAAAGAGACGAAGGGGACGCGGUGCCCUCUCGGCUGCUGACGGCGGUGAUCGUCCUGGAUCAAAACACUCGGCACUGGCGGAAACUUAAGAAAGAAAGCACGGCUCAGAUCGUGCUGAAUACGCUGCUGGCGAGCCUGCCGGAGACUGGAGCGAGAGUCUGCUUCCUGAAAGGAGGCUAUGAAACCUUUUAUUCGCAGUAUCCUGAGUUUUGCAUAGAUGUAAAACCCACAUCCCAAGACAGAACUGAAACAGAGAGAAGCAUCAGCAGCCUCUAUGAGAAGCAGUGCAUCCACCACAAACCAGCAUAUGAUCAGGGUGGCCCAGUAGAGAUCCUGCCUUUCCUGUACCUUGGCAGUGCCUACCAUGCUUCCAAGUGUGAAUUCCUAGCCAAUCUGAACAUCACAGCACUCCUGAAUGUCUCCAGAAAGAGCUCUGAGCCCUUUACAGACCAGUACUGCUAUAAAUGGAUUCCAGUGGAGGAUAGUCACACAGCAGACAUCAGCUCACACUUCCAGGAAGCAAUAGAAUUUAUUGACUGCACCAGAAGGGCAGGGGGCAAAAUCUUGGUGCACUGCGAAGCUGGAAUUUCUCGCUCUCCCACGAUCUGUAUGGCUUAUCUGAUGAAAAUGAGAAAGUUCCGCCUGGAGGAGGCUUUUGAUUACAUCAAGCAACGUAGGAGUCUGAUCUCGCCAAACUUUGGUUUCAUGGGCCAGCUGCUACAGUAUGAGUCAGAAAUAUUGUCUUCUACUCCCAGCCCUCCUGUUGCCUCUUGCAAAAGGGAUGCUGUGUCAUUCUUCAGUGAAGAGCUGGCUUUGGGCAAAAGUUUUGAAGGUUCCUGUUUUGCCUUUCCUACCUCAGUUUUGAAUUCUGUGCCCAUUCACUCACCUGUCCAUCAGCUAAAACUUAAUCCUAUUGCUGCAUCUUCAUCCUGCUGGACCCUCCUGGGAACAAGAGACAAUACAGUCCCAUGAACGCAGCAGAGACUCUAAAAGACCUUUCAUCUACAUGCAAUACAGAGGACCUCACGAAUUUCAUCCGAAACUGGACACUUGAAUGACUGUCUAUGCCAGGAAGGGAAAAAGUACUUUUAUGGGGUCGGUGUUCAGUGCAUUUAAGCUUGGGGCUAGCUAUGCAGUUUGAGAUUGCUACCUUUUGCUGAGCCUAGCUAACUCCUGCUUUAGCUCAAAUUGGCCUAGGCUUCGAGUAUGAAGAUUAUUCUUCCUCUUCCCAGAGGUAGAUACCCUUAUUAUGGGUGAGAAUUUGUGUAUGUACACUGGUUAGGUCAGGCUUUCAAGAGUGAAUGUAUUUAAAGGAAGAAAAGUUGUGCAUCUUUUAAGAGCUUUUAAAAAUUGUGGAUUGUUUGUGCAUCCACUACUGUACUUCCAGACAAUGCUGGAAUAGAGAGAACACCACAUAAAGUCAGACCUGUCUGAUUACUUCUCACUUCCUGUCUCCUUCCCUCUCUCCUAAUUAUAGCCUUGUUUUAAAAGUGUAAGCAAUAAACAGCUGUGUCAGGAAAGCAGAGCUGUAAUGAAAAGCACAAUUUACAAAAGAAGCGAACACUGACAUUUUGGUGAUGGCAAAAACUUGAAUGUUUGCUUUUUUCCUGUUUUGUGUGUUUUUAAUAAGCCCUACACUGCAGGCUGAAAGGAGCAGAACAUGUCUUUCUUCCCACAUUCAACAGUCCUCCAUUGCUUAUUGCUGUACAUCUGGGGCCAGGUUUAUUCUCCAGAAGUCUUGGGUGCUUAUCGUUUUCUGACGUAGGUAACAGAACUACUUAGUCCUGCCGUGAGGAACUUGUAACUGUUCCAAGGCUGCAACACCACAGGGACUCCACUCCUCAUCCAAUUGAAUCCAGCUUGAGUUUCCAGAGAUGCCUUAUUUUCAAGGAAUGUUUCAUUCUUAAAAUGAAUGGUCCUAUCAAAACUCAAGGAGUUCCCCAUGUUCCAUUAGGUACAUCCACUAUGUUCUAUUUUAGCCCUGAAACCCUGGCAACUCUAAAUCUGACACUGGAUGCGGCAGCCCAAUAUGCUUUUUUCUUCAGCCUUAUUCACAAAUGACACCAGCAAAACUGUGUGUGGAUUGACAAGUGUAGUGGGCACAUUGCAAUUACCCUUUGAACUAAGUACAGUCAAAUUCAGGCUGGUAGUAUACACAUGUGCUGCUGGCUUGUGGGGGUGGUGGACCCAGUGUCCUUCUGGUUAUUGUUGGACAUCUGCAUAGCCAUCAGCCUCAGCCAGCAUGGCCAAAGAUCAGAGGUGAUGGGAGGUAUAGUUUAGCAAUAUCAGGAGGAUUACAAGUUCCCCACCCUGGCUUAUCUGCUCCUGGCAUCUGGUGGUAGAAAGGCCAAACGGGUUUGCAAUACAUAUGGGAACACUGUUCCACAGCUAUGUUUUGGCUUGACCCAAAUGACCAAAGCACAGAUCAUAACAUGGCUGCAGUUCAGUUGCAGUCCAGUAACUGGGCCAUAUGUAGGACAUGCUGCUGAGCUAACCAACUGAAAAAAUAAGUGGAGGGAACUGCAUAGGUUGUAGACAGGCCAUAUUUGCAGGUCACCCUAGACUUGGAACUCUCUUGGGAGAUGACUGCUUCCUCCAGGAUGCUUUCACUAAGAGUAGCAAAGACAAAAUUAUAAAUGAACUGGCAAUCCUGCAGCAAUUGGUUAUGUAGAGUGUUUUAGAAUUCUUAAAUGCUUACCCAAUGAAAAUUUCUUUUUCUCUGUCCACUGCAAUUAGAUUUGCUGGAUUUUAAGACUUAAAAAUUUGGGGAGGAGGGCAGCUUGCCAGCAAUGUAUCUCCCUAAUGAAGUGUUAGCAAUUUAUACAUUAUGUGUUCUUGUUGAAUGUCAUGUGGCUUGCUUUUCCAUGUAUUGAUCAAUCUCUUCCAUAACACAUUUCUGGCUGUGGAAUAACAUUUCUUAGCAAAUGGGGGACACUUUUUUGCAGGGGAUCUGUGUGUCUAGCUUGUAUGUCUACAGGUGGCUCUUGUGCUGCUGUGUACUGUCACAUUUUUUUCUAAAUGUGGGAAAUGGCAAUAAUUGCCUGGAUAUAACUUGUAAAUGUGAAUGAGAACUUUUUUAAAAAAGAGUGUAAAAUAAUAAAAAAUUGGAAACCUUU